AUUGAGUACAAUUUGGGACGCAUUCCCAUCGGAGGUUCAGACUUCUCAACCCAUGCCUACAGUUAUGACGACAAUAAUAAAGACGACUUUGAUUUGAAACACUUUAGUUUGGCGGAAGAAGACCUCAAUUAUAAGAUUCCGAUAAUUAAAAAAGCCAAACAAAUUAACAGCGAUUUGAGAGUUUUUGGCAGUCCUUGGUCACCACCUGCCUGGAUGAAAAAUAAUUCAGAACUAAACCAUGGUGGAUACUUAAUAGGAGAGCCUGGUGGCAAGUACUAUAAAGCAUACGCAAACUACAUUGUUAAGUUUUUAGACUCAUAUAAGGCAUCGGGAGUUCCUAUAUGGGGCAUAACCAUAGAUAAUGAGCCAUAUGCAGCAUUAUUAACAUCAAAAUUUCCCUGGAAUAGUCUGAGUUUCACUCCAGAAUUUCAACGGGAUUUCAUCAAAAAGGAUUUGGGACCCACUCUGGAGGCGGCCGGUUAUGGUGUCAAUACAACUCAACUUAUGAUAUGCGAUGAUCAGAGGGAUUGGGUUCACACGUGGGCUAACACUAUAUACACCGAUAAAGAUGCGGCCAAAUAUGUAUCUGGAUUGGCGUUUCACUGGUACAUAAAUACUGAUAAAAAUGCCCUAAACUUGGAUUUCGUACAUAAUACCGAUCCCAGCAAAUUCAUAUUGGCUACGGAGGCCUGUGAGGAUUAUACGGGUAAAGAACAGCACGUAUUUCUGGGCAGUUGGCAGACCUUUGAGAGAUACGCCAAGGAUAUAAUUGUCGAUUUGAAACACUGGACGUCUGGUUGGGUUGAUUGGAAUAUGGCGUUGGAUACGGAGGGCGGACCCAAUUGGGCGAAGAACUUCGUUGACGCACCCGUUAUAGUGAACGCCACGAGUCAGGAGUACUACAANGCAAUAACUACAGUUCCCCCGUCCGGUCGCACAAAAGUAGUUGACAACAGUGUGUCAACAGAG